AUGACAGUGCUCUUUCUUUUUAGACAGACGAUGCACAAGCUGACGCUGACGGAAGAGCUUCAAAAAAUGUACAAUGUGGCCCAAUUUUCUAGCCCGGAUUACCCCGCCGUCUUUGCGAUAAUUGCAGGUACGACAAUUGUUUUGACGUUAGCUCUAAUCUAUAUCGCGGUCUUCUUUUGGAACAUCGACUCUAGACAUGACUCAAUAAUUUAUCGAUUAACGGGAAUUCGAGCGAAAAAGGAG